AUGUUGGAUGCGGAGCCAGAACUUCCACCGGACGUCCACACAACUUACAGCAUGGACGAUCGCUGGACCGGCUCCAUUUGGGCUCGGACCCAGUGCUCCAACAAUGCCUCCUUCUACUUCUCAUGCCAAACCGGGGAUUGCGGCACCGGCAAACUGUUCUGCGCGGGUCCCCAACCCGCUUACCCGGUGACUCUCCUCAACUUCGACAUCAACAACCCGGUCGUAUCCUACGAAGUGAGCCUAGUCCACGGGCAGAACAUGCGGGUUCGGAUCCAGCCCAGUGGAGGGACACUGGUGGACGGAUCCGGCCCUUGCCCGGUCGUGGACUGUGCCAGAGAUCUUAAGGACGUGUGCCCUUCAUUUUUGGUAGCGGCGAACAAGGAGGGUCGAUACGUAGGAUGUUACAGUGCGUGUGAUGCGUUGAAGGAUCCCAAAUUUUGCUGCAGCGAUAGUAGCUGCCAGCCCGAUGAGUACUCUCAGAGGAACAAGGAAUUGUGUAGCAUGGCCCACACCUAUCCCGGCGAUCAUAAACCUCCCAGGUAUCAGUGUAAAGGGGCUGAUAGUUAUGACAUCACUUUCUGUCCUGUAUAG